AUGACUCAUACAAUGAAUUCUGUAAAUACUGAAAGUGUUUAUGCCAGAUGUUUCAGAGAAGAUUCUACUCCAGAUAAAUGGUACUAUUGGCUGCAUGUACCUUCACCAACACCGAAAAGUAUCCAUAUAAAUAAUAAUGGGGUAUGGCUACUAUCAUCUACCUAUCCAUCACAAAUUUACCAUCGUAUUGGAUUGGUAAUGAAUCAUCACGGCAGCAGUAGUGACCAUCAUGGUGGUAAUAGUAAUAAUGAUGAUAAUAAUAACAAUGGUAAGGGUCGUUCAUUACCUGCUCCAAAAGAACAUCAAAUCGGUUAUGCAUGGCAGUCUAUACCAUGUCCCAGUGUUUUCAAUUAUCCCUCUCUAAAUAUAUCUACUAUAUAUGUACCGUUCACUACUGACUCUAUUUACUAUCAAGGUGUGAAUCUCUCCAUGUCGAAAUCACCUGCCAAACUGCCAACAACACAAGCUUCAAUUUCACCAUCAUCUCUAUCAUUGUCAACACAACAGUCAAGACAAUCUUAUGCGUCAGUAAUUUUGUAUUGUUUGACAAGCAAUGGCUUAUUCCUUAGUCUUUCGUUUGGCUCUAUCCUUGAAUUCACUGGAGACUUCGAUAAUACUGAUGAAAACAACAAAAAGGAGGAGAAGAAGACGAGGCUGUCAAGUCAGCAGUUAGCGCUAAAUUGUAAUUCAUAUGACGCUGAACCUAGCGGAUUAAUUAUAAUCGAUUCAAACUGCAAUUCAUUUGAGUCUUAA